CAGUUGGCUGAGACAGACCAGACCCCAGACAGAGACCCGUUACGCGCUUCACUUCGUCUCUUUGCACUUGAACUUUGCGCGGGCUUUAAAUCGCGCUACGCCCCGCUCUGCCCCGCCCCGCCCCGUCCCGCUUUUCGGCUCGUGUGCAAUGUCAUUUUUUCGCAACAUCCGCUCCUCGCUGGCCUCGUCCCGCAAGAGUUCGUCGCGCGACACGACGCCCGUGCGCAGCUGCGGCUCGCGGCCGGCGAGCGUGAUCAGCUCACGGCGUGGCUCGACGACCAGCUCGACGCUGCAGCGCGGCGACACCUUCAUACUGAACGCCUCCGACGAGGAGCAGCAGCAGUCGAACAGCAGCACCCUGGAGAAGAAGUCCAAGAAAUCGAAGGUGUUUAGCAAAUUCAGCACGUUCACCAAACGCAAGAAGCAGCCCUCGCCCGAGGAGGCGGCCAGCUACGAGCACCACCCGAGCGACACCGCCACAAACACCUACUACAAGUGGCGCAACGACGGCGAUCGCAUGCUCGACUACGAUGCCCAUGCCGAUCCGUUCAAUUUCCUCUACGAGCAGCAGGGCAAGGCUGGCAGGCAGGCCGCUGGCUCGCCGGCCGACGGCAUGCAGCGGCAGCCGAGCCUGGGGUCCAGCUCCAGCGGCAGCUUCGAUUCGGGCACCUAUCGCAAGAGCAAAACGCCGACGCAUCUGCGCGAGCAGCUGGAGCAGCUGAAGAGCCACUCGAACGACGAUCUGCUGGAGGAGGAGGAGCGCGACAAAUACAAAACGGUCACACUGAACAGUUUCCGCAAAUCGUUUCGCGAGCGACUGCUGCAGCAGCAGCAGCAGCAGCCCCACAAUCCCGCCUGGUUCGUCGAGGUGCCGCCGCCCGAGCCGCGGCCCCCUUCGAGCAGUCAGCGCAGCGCCUCCAAGGAGAAUCGUCCCGAUUUUCUGGUCUUCGACAACGAUAACUAUCGGCCGCAAUCGCGCUCCCCGCUGCGCGAUCGACCCUCGCGCUCCGCCACCCGCUCGCCCGUCAAGCGCAACGAGACGUUCCGUGUGGCCCAGCCCAUGCUGCGCCGCAUGUCGCCAUCGCCCACGCCCACGCCGCCUUCCUCCGCCAUACGCAUCGAGAUCAAGAACUCCAUAUUGCCCCACUCGCCGGGCCGGCUGGUGCCGGUGGGCGUGGCCAAGCCGAUGCCCACCACGGAGUACUAUGCACAGCGCCUGCUGGCGAGCAGCCAGGCCAGGCAGCAGCAACAGCAGCAACGGCAACGGCAGCAACAGUCGCCGUCGGCGUCGCAGCAGCAGCGCGGCGGACGUUAUCAGACCCUGGUGCACAUUGGCAGCGAGCCGGGCAAACUGUCGCCGGCGCCCGCCCGCGGCCGUGCACCCACCCGCGUACAGCUCUACGGCAGCAAGCCGAGCAGCAGCCGGCCGCAGCCCACGGCCACGCCCACGCCCACCUACUUUGGCGGCCACUACAAUGCACCUGCGCCCGUCUCGGCGCGACCCUUGUCCAGCUCGCGGCAGAGUUCUGGGGGCGUCCCAACCAGCAAUUGGGGGCGUCGCGAGCAGCAGCAGCAGCAGCAGCAGAAAUCUAAGCAGCAGCCGCAGCCGCAGCCAAUGCCACGGGUCGCCCACGCCAGGCAGCGCAAUCGCUCGCCAAUCAAGAUUCCAUGGCGUUAGAUCGCGAGCAGCUACGGCUAGAGCUGGGCGCGUGACACGAAACACGAAACGAGACAAAA